UGGAAUGUUGCUCCCAGGGAGACAAAACACAAGCCAGAGCUGGUCCUGCAGGACAGCAAGGAUGCCGCCUAAAACCAAAGGAAAGGGGAGAAAAACCGGGGCACAGAAGAAGAAAAAGAAUCCAAGUCCUGGUGUGGAGGCUGAGGCCAAGCACAGGCUGCUGCUGCUUGAGAAGGAGUUGCUUCAGGCCCACUUAGCUCUACAGAGGGAGGAGGUUCAACGGGCCAAGGCUGCUGAAGACAGGCUGAAGCAGAGGUUACACGGGCUGCAAGCUGAACUGGAAAAAGCCCAGAGUGAAGGGAGGGCUGUAUAUGCAGAGAUGAGCCGCCAGCGCAGAGCCCUGCAAGAAGAGUUGGCGACUCGAAGCAAGCAGCUGGAGGAGGAAGUGAGAGGUCUACAGAAGCAGCUGGAGACAUGCCAAAGGGAAGCUAAGACAGCAAGGGAAGAGGCUGAGCAAGCCCUCAGAGAGCAAGCUGGAACCCUGGCUCAGCUUCGCACCCAUGUGGCAGACAUGGAGGCCAAAUAUGAAGAAAUCUUACAAGGCAACCUGGACUGUCUCUUGGCCAAGCUGAGAGCGGUCAAGCCUCAGUGGGAUGCAGCUGUGCUGAAACUCCACACCAGGUACAAGGAGCAGCUACGUCAAUUUGGUCUCAACCCCCUGGAUCUUUAAGGCCAUUGGCUUCUAAUCUCUGAGGCCUAUCAAUAAAGCAACUUGAUGUAGAACUC